UGGACGCGGAGAGGAGCCGCUGGCGCUGAGGAGAAAUUUUCGAUCCGUUUUGGAAGCGGCUGUCCGUUUUCCGCGCGCGGGGAAAGUGCGGCGGUGGACGCGCAGGCGGGCCGCAGGUUGCCCUCGCCGCUGAGGGGAGGGGGGAGAGGCGGAGAGGAGGCGGAGGCUUCUCUCGGGUCCGCACCUGGCUGAGGCGGCGCUGGCCGGACGGGCCUUUCCGACGCGCAGGGCGGCGGUUCCCCUCUCCCCCCCUCAGGAACCGGCUCCUUCCUUCCCUCCGCUUCCCAAGCCCGGCCCCGGAGGCGCUUCUCCUCCUCUUCCCAAGCCCAGAGCCAGGCAGGCCCCGACUCCCCCCCCCCGGGCACCUCUCUGCCCUCCUCUUAAAUAGGGCCUUCAGGUCCGUCCUCCAGCAGGGGUCUCCACUACUCCCUCCCCAAAUUGGGGUGCUCAGCCCCCCCCCUCGCUCCUUGGCCUGUGAGCCCUUUUCUGUCCCGUGCACGCUCAAGUCUCCGCUCCUCUCUUUUAAAAUUAAUUUAUUUCCUACUUGCUAGGUGAGCCUCCUCCUGACACUAACAUCUUAUUUCCUUAAUGGGGGAAAAUUUAACAGGGGAAAAAAAGGUUGCCUCAGACCAGGGAACGGUUUUGUGCUUCCCCCCCCUAAAUAUUUCUGAUCUCCUAUCCAUGUAGCAGUCCCCAGAAUCCUUCUGGUCUCUUCUCCACAGCUGGGGCUUUGUUUCCGCUUUCCCUUCCCUUUCCCCUGCCCCCAGCUGAUAGGCUGUUCUUCAUUCAUGGUCCAUGUAGGGCCCUUGCCUGGUCCACUGAGAGCCUGGUCUGUUCUCUUUGGAUCACCGCUAGGGGUGAAAGGCCUGAGAGCCUUUCUGUUCCUCUUUGGUGUAGGUGGUGGUGGGUGGGGGGGGAAUUCCACUCCUCAGUAAUGCCUCCAGGGGGUCCAUGAGAAGGGAAGAAGGAGCUCCCCCUUUCACGAACACACACUUUAGCUGCCCGGCCAUGGAAUGCAUGCAGGUUCCCCCCAUGCAGCAGCAAGGGAAAGCUGCUGAGGGGGACCGUCUGCUGCUGCUGCUGCCACCUCCUGAUGUGCUGAAGGAAGACGACACUGUGCAGAGGGCUUCUGACGCUUGGGCUUCCUCCCAAGAGGACAGCAGCCAAGGCAGGAUGAAACUUCAGGACUCUUUGGACUUCUCAUCUCAUCUCCAAAAUCCAGAAAGCCUUCACUCCCUGCAUAACUCUCCCGCUUUAGGGAGCCAGCCUGACAGAGGUAUGGUAAACCAUUCUGCUACAAAGGAGGAUUUGCAAGAGACUUGUGAUGAGGCAGGGGAGCAGUUGCACCCGGCCGGGAAAGACACUUCAAGCCUUCCAGUUCAGGAAGAUUUGUUGGUUAGUGAGGUAGUCUGUGGCGAUGCCUCUUUGGCCACAGGCCAGGAAUGCCUUAGGGACGCUGAAAAAUCUCCCCAGCAGAACAGCUGUUUGCAGGAAAAAUCGGACUCCCCUUCUCAGAACUGUAUUCUACGUAUGGAUGCAACAGCAAGUGGAGAAAGUCCACAGGAUGACCCAUCAGACCAGGCCUCUCCGUCUGCUGAAGAUGGGAAACUCAAACCUGGGGCAAAGCAUGUCACAUUUCCUUCCGACGAAGAUAUUGUGUCAGGUGCUGUGGAACCCAAAGAUCCUUGGAGGCAUGCUCAGAAUGUGACCGUGGAAGAAAUUCUCACCGCCUACAAGCAAGCCUGUCAGAAAUUAAACUGCAAACAGAUUCCCAAACUACUGAAGCAGAUCCAGGAAUUUAAGGACCUGACUCCCAGGAUAGAUUGCCUGGAUCUGAAAGGCGAGAAGCUAGACUACAAGACCUGUGAGGCCCUGGAAGAGAUCUUUAAGCGCCUCCAGUUCAAAAUAGUGGAUUUGGAGCAAACAAACCUGGAUGAAGAUGGUGCCUCAGCGCUGUUUGAUAUGAUUGAAUACUAUGAGUCAGCCACACAUCUCAACAUCUCCUUCAACAAACACAUUGGCACUAGAGGCUGGCAGGCAGCUGCGCACAUGAUGAGGAAGACAAACUGUCUCCAGUACUUGGAUGCGCGCAAUACGCCUUUGCUAGAUCACUCAGCUCCGUUCGUGGCGCGCGCCCUGCGCAUCAGCAACAGCCUAGCCGUGCUGCACCUGGAGAAUGCAAGCCUGUCUGGGCGCCCCCUCAUGUUGCUGGCGACUGCUCUGAAAAUGAACGUGAACCUGAGAGAGCUUUACCUGGCCGAUAACAAGCUGAACAGCCUUCAGGACUCGGCUCAGCUUGGCAACCUCCUGAAGUUCAACUGCUCCAUUCAGAUCCUUGACCUGAGGAACAAUCACAUCUUGGAUUCAGGAUUGGCCUAUGUUUGUGAGGGGCUGAAGGAGCAGCGGAAAGGCCUGGUCACGCUGGUGCUGUGGAACAACCAGCUCACUCACACUGGCAUGGCUUAUAUGGGGGUGACGUUGCCUCACAUGCAGAGCCUGGAGACUCUGAAUCUAGGGCACAACCCCAUUGGCAACGAAGGCGUCCGCAACCUGAAGAACGGGCUCAUUGGAAACCGCUCAGUGCUCCGCUUGGGCUUGGCAUCAACUAAGCUGACAUGUGAAGGUGCGGUGGCUGUGGCCGAAUUCAUUGCCGAGAGUCCCCGUUUGCUUCGGCUGGACCUGCGAGAAAACGAGAUCAAAACAGGGGGGCUGAUGGCGUUAUCCUUGGCCUUGAAGGUCAACCACUCCUUGCUCAGACUGGACCUCGACAGGGAGCCCAAAAAGGAGUCGGUGAAGAGCUUUAUCGAGACGCAGAAAGCCCUCCUGACUGAAAUUCAAAAUGGCUGCAAGCGUAACUUCGUCCUGGCCAAGGAGAAGGAAGAGAAGGAGCAGAAGCUCCGGCAGUCUGCCUCAAUGCCGGAAAUCACCGUCACCGAGCCCCUUGAAGAGGGUCCUGUGGAGGACGGUGGGCCGAAUGGCGAUGCGACAUCCACCCUGGAAGAAGGAGAGGAAGUUGGGGAGGCGUUAACGUCCCAAGAGAAUGGGGCCCCAGAGAAGACGACCAUCGACGGCAACGAUGAGUCCUCUGAUUCCGAUUCGGACACAGACGAAGAGGAUGAUGAGAAGCUAGCGAUGAAGGAUCUUGCUCAGCCACAGAAAUGCAGUGAGUCUAACGGUGACAAGCCCGCCGAGCCAUGUUCUUCCCCUGAAAAGACCAAGGAGGCUCCUGGCUCUGAAAUGAGAGUCCCCCCAUUGAACACUGCAGAAGACAUAAAAUGUGACUCCUCAGGGGGGCUCAUGAGCGGGGCCCCAGCGCAAACCAGCCCUCCUGGAAAUGAGAGGCGGAUUGCGGUUUCCAGUCCUGGACGUGGCCAUAAAAUCUUUGUGGUGACGCGGGUGGAGAGCCUGCCAGAGAAGGCAGAGGAGAAGAGUGUGCGGCAAGAGGGCAGGUCCGUUCUGCAGGCAGGCCUGUCAAAGCAGGCCAGCCCUCUGGCCCAGACUCAGCUGACAAAGACCGAUUGCUUGGAUAGGCAGGCCGGUGAGACUGCGGCCGAGUCAACAGUCGACUCUGAAACACCUGCGUCGGUGCUGAGCUCUGGCUUAGGUGCCAAAAAGGUGAACUCUGGGCUUUGCACAAAUGUGAUUCACAACACUACACUGCCUAAUGGACUAAAGACAGAGUUUGUUCAUGCACUACCGGACGCAUCCUUGGGGCGUGACUGCAAAAUGGCCAGUUGCUCUGUGGAACACGAGCUGAGCUGUUCCAAGAACGAGAAGGAACUGGAGGAAUUGCUCUUGGAAGCGAGCCUAGAGAUGGGGCAGGAGCCAAUGUGACACUUUAGUUCUGGGCCAUUCCACAUAAACGGGUUCUGUCUCGGGAAGCACCUGUAUAGUUUUACUCCCUUUCCCGCUCCAUGUGAUUCUGGAAAAAAGCUGAGUUUGCAAUACAGAGGCAACGUGAUUUUUCCCCUUCCCUCUUUUUUCUUUCUUCCUUUUUUUUUUUUUUGCAGAACAGCUGUGUUCUCUUCCAGUCUCAGCCACUGUAUUCCCCUCCCAGGCACUCCUUAACUCAUCUUCCCUCUGAGAAAAGACGGGGGGCCAACAAGGCAAGGGGAAGAGUCGAGAAGACCCAAAGAAAAGCUUCCUUACUUGAGGGCAGAGCAAACUCUUGUUGUCUUUGUCCAGCUCUGAAACCUGGACACCCCCUUUCCCCCCACCCAGGGGCACUUGCAGUUUUAUUUCUUCAGGAAUUUCUCUUCCAAGUUAAACUGCAAGGACACAGACUUAAGAACAAUGGACGAACACAGGUUAAAAUGAACUUUAAAAAACAAAACCCAGAAAUGGAUUGCUUCCUGUGCAUUACAAGCGCUGCAGGCUCCAGAAGAACCCAUUUUCUGAGAUUGCCGGGAGAUAGCAGCGGUGGUCCUGGAUUGGGGCGGCAAAGACACUGGGGCUGUUGGUCCCCUCGCUGAGGAACUUCUGUCAACCAAGAAAGACUCUUUAAGCUGCUGUUUACAGCACAGAUAAUUAUUUAUUUUCUCGGUUCCCUUUUCCUCAUAACCGUGUCUUUCUUUGUUUUGUUUUGUCUAUUUAUCACAACUGAAUGGGAACAGUUUUCCUUUUGCCUGCAACCAUUUCGGAACCAGUUGGCCACCUCCUAGUUUGCAGAGGGAAUUCCCCCCUUCUUCCCUCUCAAAAAUCUAGAACUGGCGCUGCACCGAUGCAAAAAAGAAAGAGAGACAGUGGCAUGAUUUCCUGCGCACAAGCAAAAGCGCACUCUUCCCGUGGGGAGCAAUUGCACUAAGACCAGGCUGGGUAACCAUGGGGGUCCGUGUGCGUUGAUAGGCUGCUCGUGCCGAUUGGCCACCAACAAGAGAAGCUGGCACGGUUUCAGCUGUGAUUUCCUGCUUUUCAUCUUUGAUAGUUGUGGUGAAAAAAGGCAUCCUCGGUGCACCUUCUAGGAAGACUCUUCAAGCCGUACCCUGCUGGACUUUGGGGUGACAACCGUGGCAGUGACGGCAAAGGAUGCGGGCACACAGCCGACAGUUUUGGUAUCUUGACUAUUCUUAAAACUCAGUAAGUGGCAUACGUGCGGUGAGGGGUGGUGACCUCUUUUACGCCAAGCACAAAACGGACUCGAGAAAUCUCUUAGGAUGCUGCUGACACGUGGGUUGCUUGAUUUAAAAACAAAACACAAAACCCUGGCCACCCCCUUCGUGUUGCAGGCUUUUCCCGUGGUUCCUCUGCAUACUCAAGCUGUGGAUUGGGAACCUCGCUGCAGCAUCUUGUUGUUAACAGUCACAUAGGAAGCCCGAUCCUUCCCAAUAAAAAUGUAGCUGCUCCUAACCUGGAGGACCUUCAAAGUACAUUCUUUUUGAGAACGAGGUUGAAAACCUCCAACCAAAGUUUCUUUUCCUUUUAAAAAAGGAGGGCGAGGGGUGAGAUCAGUUGCUGAAAUGUGAACACUUGUGUGCAGUUCAGGAAGAUUGUGUGUGUGUGUGUGGGGGGGUGAAUCUUCUGUCAGAAACCCCCCACCAUCAAAAAUGGUUUCAUCUUCAGUGUCAAAAGAGGAAGGGAGGGGACAGGGUUGCUUCAGAGAGUUUGUUGGGUGGGGGUUGGCUAUUUCUCAGGGAAAGGGCUUUUUUUUUUUUGGGCUACAUCCCCCCCUCCCCCCCGGAUGCAGCACCGUUACUCACAAGAGAGAAAUUUCAAGGAUUGUGGGAAAAGCUGAUCGAGCUAGCCUGCGCAGUCUUUCACCUCUUUUCCCCCCUUUAUCCCAUCCUAUCAGCCAGAGGGGGAAAGAAUGAAAGAAUAGAUCUUGAAAUUUUGUUCAAGGAAGUUGAAAAGUCAGGUGCAAAUGGUCUCAUGGGUAGUUCCAAAGAGAGGAGUCUCUCCUCCCCUGCCCUCUCCCCCACCCCCAGAAAGAAGCUUGCUCAGUAGUAGGAGCAAGGAGAGACUCUUUAUCCACAAUGGUCGGUCCUUCUAAAAUAGGGCAGUGUGUGUUAGUCGAAGACUGGUCGGUGUGAUGAAAAGUGUCCUAUGUUGGUUUUCCCCAAACCUCGGUGUCAGGAGGAGCUAGCGCUCAAAGGUUCCUGCAAAAAUUCCCCUCCCAUCUGAUCUCCGAUAUCCCACUGUGAUCACUGACCCCCCCCCCCUCCAGUCCCCCUCACCCAAACUUCUAGCAGGAAUUGAGAAUAAAUAGGUAUAUAUAUAUUUUUUCCCCUGUAUGUGAUGGACUACUUUUCCUCCCCCCCCCCCCCCGCUAACGUAAAGCAAAAUCUCUGCAAGAGAUUUAUGGUACUAAUCCUAUAAUUUAAGCAAAUUAUUAUUAUUAUUAUUAUUAUUUGUAUAGACUGACCAGAGGAAACAGCCUCACUGUGUAAGGGAGGGUUGUUUGGUAGGUGUUAGGACUUUAACCUUUUUACUUUGUUUUUUCUUAAGUGCAAUAAAAUCUAUCAGGGAGCUUAAGAGGGCAAUUUGUUGCCUGGAAUUGCAAGCUGGAGAGGCAAAAUUGGAUUUUGUGAGCCCCUUCAUGUGUUUGACUGUGAUUCUCUCUCACACACACAUUUAUACACGUUUUUUGCUGCGUUCACACUACAUUUAAAAACAAAAACGCUGACGCUGGGAUCGUGUUCCCUUUUUUUUAAAAAAAAAUUGCUAAUGUUUGUCAUUCCUUUUCUGUUGUGUGUGUGGAGUUUUCUUUUGUUGACACCAUCUUCUAAUUAAAUGAAAAGCUGCGUUCAUUGA